AUGUCGAAUGUAGGGGUGGUAUCCAAGGAUGAGGUGGAUAAGGUGAGAGAUGGAAUAGCCGUUGUGCAAAACGAUAAAGUUGUCUUGGAGAGCAAACUAGUAGGGUAUGAUGAUGAUGCCGAGGAGGUUUCGACGUUAAAGGCCACAGUGGCAUCUAUCGAGUUGGAGAAGACUGGGUUGUUAGAUAAGAUAGUUAUGUUAGAGCAUAGUUUUUGCAAGCUAAAAACUGACUUGAAUGAGUCUGCCCUGCAGAAUACUGAUUUGCAAGCAAUUGUGGUGGGGCUAGAGAGUAAGUUGAACAAAGUGAAUGUGGAUGUGACUUGGGUAUUGUCGCAUGGGGUUGCGAAGAUGGCUGGUUGUGAGAUGAUGAACAAUGAGUUUAAGAUGGCCCUUCAUGAAACCGAUAUUCUGUUAUAUGACCCUUCUCAUGUGCAAAAAACAGAAGAAGCAUUUUUAGCUUUAUUUUGCACUAAAUAUUUAUCUGAUUUUGGAUUUCCUUUGACAAGUGUUGAUCAGUUGCGCACAUUGGUUGAUGGUCUUGGUGGGAAUGUUGCUUCUACAAGUGGUCAUGGUGGAAACAAUGAGUCUUGA